UCCAGUCACUGGACGCGCUUUCAUUAUAACAGCGGUGAUUUAGAGGUGCUCGUCUUGUGUGGCAGUCGAUGCUCUGCUUCCAUCCUCCCGAGUAAUGGGUUCUGCUGCGAAAGAAGGCGGCUUCCGAGAGCUUAUGAAGCGCGUCUUACACCAGUUUCUGACUGCCAAGAAAGAGAAAUUAAUCGAAAGUCCAUUUGAACGAGACUGCGAACAACAUCAAACGACGGCAUUUUUUGAGUCAGAGCUGCUGAACUUCCCAUUUCCAGGUAACUGCAUGUUACUGGAAGAAGCAAUGGAUGCAGUUCAGUCACAACUAGCAGGGCAAAUUGAACUGUGCUUAUCAUCUUCAAAGAAGUCUCAGCUCCACUGCCAAGAACUACUGAUACCCAAGCAUUUGUGCCAGAGGAUAGCACGUGAUAUCAUGUACAUGUCUGCCAAUGAACCUUGUGGCCUUCGUGGAGCGGUCAUUUACGUUAACUUGGAAGUGGACGGGUUGUGUAAAACCCUGGGCAGAAUCCAACAAGACAGCAGUGUGCCUCCUACUUUCGAGCUCACGUUAGUUUUUAAAGCGGACAAAAGCAACUGGUUUAGAUUAAAACAUUUUUUAAAUGUUGGUGCCUAUUUUGGCCCUGGAUAUCAUAAAGUCCUCAAACUCAGCCCUGGCUUCCGACUGGUUAAGAAAAAACUUUACUCUUCUGAUGGCCCAGUAAUUCAGGAGUUUUAAACAUGAACUGUCUUGAAGUCCUCCCCUUCCCAUGAAGACUUUCCAAAAUUGGUUGAGCUUUUUUUUUUUAAAUUUCAGUGUUUUAAUCUUGGUGCAGUGUCAUUUUUAUAUGAAUGUCUAGUUAGGCUGUCAGAACACUAAAUGGAGACUGGUUUUUAGUUCCAGGUUAAUGGUAAAGGAAUGGACACUUGAGCUUUUUAACUUUGGUGAGUUUUGAUCAGGAACAUUAAAGUUUCAGAAAGACCUUGAACGUGUGGUGUUGAAAAAUUUGAUGGGUUUGGAGAACAAAUCUGCUAGUUGCAGAAGAAACACAAAGAAGCAAUUUUUUUUUUUCCUCAAAAAAGCACUUUUUGGAUGGAGUUUUUAAUAUACCGUCUAUUUGGUUACACAAUUGUGCACUGUGAAAUCUCACAGAUUAUGCUUUUACUGUAUAUUUUGAAUUGUGAUGUAAGGUUGUGCUCACAUUAAUCACUAUGCACUACUUGUUUUAUUUGUCAGAUGUCCAGUAUAUGCAAUUGGAAUAAAUUAUUUUUUUUUAUAUUUGU